AUAAAUUCUAGUGACAGCGGCUGUGGCAUUGCGCUCAAUGGUUUGAGCACCUUGAUCUCGUCUGCGUAGUGCUGAAGGAUGAGUGAUGCCAGCUAUGCCAGUUAUCCGUUAAAAAGCCUAAAAUUAAGUAGCAAACCUGAUUAAACCAUAUGUUUACUAACUAUAGAUAAGUAGCCUACAUAUGCAUCUAAGCGUAGGCUAUAUAAGUACUUUAUUUGUCGUAAUGGGCAACCACGAAGUUGUGAAAUCGCUGGAUAUAAUGGCAGACAGUAACCAGAGUGGUGUAACCAACAGAUCAAUCAGUGAUCGCGAGCGCUUUAAAAGCCUGGAAGACAUCGAUGUGUCCGCCGACGGGAGUCCGGUGUUGAGAUGCAUGAUCUCCAUCACCUACUCUGUGGUUUGCGUCGUAGGUCUGAUCGGGAACCUGUUGGUGUUCUUUUUUAUUCGCGUGAGACAAGAGAGACGCAUAUCCAAAAUAAACUUUUUCAUCCUCAAUUUGGCAGUAACGGAUUUCCAGUUUGUGUUGACUUUGCCUUUCUGGGCCGUGGACACGGCGCUGGACUUCAGCUGGCCGUUUGGUGACGCCAUGUGUAAGAUCAUCCUGUCGGUGACCGUGAUGAACAUGUACGCGAGCGUCUUCUUCCUGACCGCGAUGAGCAUCACGCGGUACUGGUCAGUGGCUUCCGCUCUGAAGGACCGCAGCAGACAGAGCAGCUGCUCCAUCAGGUGGGUCAGCGUCGUCCUGUGGUCCCUGGCCACCGUGGCCACCGCGCCAACAUCCAUCUUCUCCACAGUCACGAACGUGGCCGGCGAAAAACUUUGUUUAUUGCGGUUCCCCGAGGGACAGUAUUGGUUGGCAGUCUAUCAUCUCCAGAAAAUACUAAUCGCUUUUAUUUUGCCGAUGGCGAUAGUCUCGAUCAGUUACCUACUGCUGUUGAGGCUCAUCCGUCAGCGGAGCAUGAAGAACAGCUCAAAACGAAGAACGCAAGUCACAAAGUCCGUCACCAUCGUGGUCUUGUCGUUCUUCCUCUGCUGGAUGCCCAAUCAUGCCAUCACUUUUUGGGGCGUGCUGGUGAAAUUCAAUGCUGUGUACUGGGAUAAGUCGUACUAUAUCGUUCACACAUAUGUGUUUCCUGUGACUGUGUGCCUGGCGCACGCGAACAGCUGUUUAAACCCACUUAUUUACUGUCUUAUGCGCAGAGAGUUCAGGAAAAAACUGAAGGACCUGUUUCUCCGAGUCUGACAAACAGGUGCAUGUGCAUGCGACUCUGUCCAUUGGAACAAAUGGUAUUUCCUUCUUUAAAGGGUUAUUUAUUUCAAAUUUCGCUUUCAGACAUAUUUACCCAACCUCUUGUUUUUCCAAGUCUGCAUGAGUUUAUUACCUCAGUGGAGCUCAAAAUGGAUGUCAGUUCACAGGUUUGGGACAACAUGAGGGCAAUUUGGAAGAUUUGCAAAGACACAUCUGCUGCUGUUUACCGUCACACUCACACAGGAGCCUUUUAAUGGACAUCCGGCACAGAAGUGAUGCUCUCGAUGAUGUUCUGGUGAUUAUGAUAUGUCACACUCCCGUGUUUAGUCUGUGGAGGUCAACGGAUUGUGAGGAACAGUAUGGGCACCAGUGAAUCUUUUUUUGGACACAAAUAUUUUCCUACCAAAGACCAAACCAAAAGUAUCCUUUAAAAGCAAAACAGUAGGCACUAUUAUUUCUCCUAUUAUUUGGCUACUCUCAUUUUAUAUGUGUACUUAAAUGUCAUUUGAAUACUGUUUACAUAUUUAGUAAUAGAAACAAAACUAAGGCAUAUGCCUGCAUGUUUCCUGUUUGUGUACACAUUGUGAGUCUAUUCAAAGCAGCCCAUAUGUUUUGACCAGUACCAUUAUUGCUGCUAUAACAAAUUUUCCAUGUACUUUGCCUUUUUCAUGAGCUGUGGUCACAUUUUGUGUUUGGAGGUAUGGAGCUGACUACCGAACCUUAAUACAUGUAUUAAACCACUCUUUGUUUCACCCAGGAUUUGUCUAGAGUGCUGUGUGGAUGCAAAUUUACUGGUUUGCCUAUGGAAGAUCGCCGAUAUUACAAAACUCACUUUGGCCUCCCACAGAGUGUGCUAAUAUAAUAUGAUCCCCCGCUGUUAACAGGAUUUCCUGUGGAGGCACGGUUUCCUAUUACCGAGUGGGUUAGGAGUUAUGUUACGCAAGUCACUUCCUAAUGCACAACAUCAAAUCAAUAUAUCACCAUUACAAUCUAGAUAAGAAUUUCAUCAUAUUGAAAUUUAAUUAGUCCCUUUGGAUGUGUAUAUUCCACUCACAACAUGUCAGUAUAUUGCUCUCUGCACCAGAAUGUAUUCAGUAACAAUAUAAACCAAACAGUAGAAGUGAAUGUACUGUGUUGCAUGUAUAAUUGACUUGUAUUUUUGUACAGGUGUUUACUUCUGUUGCAAUUUAUUUUUAUUUUUAAGUCUGGUUGUUAAUAAUUAAAUGAAAGGUGAAAUCCAUUUAAUCAUGUCUGUUUUGUUUUUAUCUUUGUACUGAGACUUCAAA